AUGGCAGAAUUCUUCGGAUCCAGCACCCCUUUCGCGGAGCCAUUGUGGUACUCCCGCUCAGGAAAUCCGCAUUAUACUGAUUCGCACAGGCGGUUGCGGGAUGAAAUCCGCCAGUAUGUUGACACUGAAAUCGAGCCGUUUUGUUCCGAGUGGGAGGCCAGUCGUGCAGUUCCGAAAACAGUUCUCAAACGCCACUCAGACCUAGGCUAUACGGCCAUUCUGUUAAAUCCGGCCGCAAUUGAGAAAUAUGUUGGAGACAACAUCAACCUCCCAGGCAGGGUUUCGGCGACUGAGUGGGAUAGCUUCCAUGACCUGAUAGCCAUCGACGAAAUGGCCCGUUGCGGCUCGCUUGGGGUCUUAUGGGCGCUUGGGUGUGGAAAUGCGAUUGGCUGCCCUCCGGUGAUCAAUUUUGGGACCGAAGAGCAGAAGUCCAGGUGGCUGCCUCCUGUCAUUCGGGGAGAGAUCAGGUUUUGUCUGGGCAUUACGGAGCCGCACGCCGGAUCGGACGUUGCUAGCAUCUCUACCACAGCGCAAAAACAAGACAAUGUGUUCAUCGUCAAUGGGAUAAAACAGUGGGUUACGAAUGGCCUGUUUGCGGACUACUGUACAGCGAUCGUCCGGACCGGCGGCUCUGGAAAAGCCGGAAUCUCAUUACUGGUCAUUCCAUUGAAUUCCAAGGGGGUUUCGCGGACUGAGAUACACAAUUCUGGUGUCGCUUCAAGCGGAUGCGCCACACUGAAAUUUGAUAACGUAGAGGUUCCCGCCGAGAAUCUCAUCGGCAACUUGAAUGAAGGGUUCAAGUUGAUCAUGUCCAGCCUCAACCAUGAACGUCUCUGGAUAGCGGGCAACUGCCUGCGCCUUGCUCGCAUCUGUCUCGAAGAUUCUUAUCAACACGCGCUCACACGCCACACUUUCGGAAAGCCGCUCAUCGAUCGUCAAGCCAUCCGGCUCAAGUUUGCCAAUGUUGGCAUGCAAAUCAUGAGCGCAUACGCCCUGGUCGAGUCGCUGGUACAGGUCAGAGAGAGCGCGUUCAAGAGAGCAACGAACAUUGACGAGCUGGGCUCGAAUAUCGGCGGCCUGUGCGCCCUUGCCAAAGUCAGUGCUGCUCGGGCAACAGAGUUGGCUGUGCGGGAAAGUCAGCAGAUCCUCGGGGCACUGGGAUAUACACGAGCCGGUCCGGGAGCGCGGGUAGAAAGAAUCAGUCGAGAUCUUCGCGUGCUCAUUAUUGGCGGUGGCAGUGAGGAGAUUUUGAGUGAGAUGUCAGUCUUGCAAGAGAGGAAGGAUUUGGAAAAGCUGCGUCUUGCUUGA